GCGUUAUUCGGUUUCGAGCCGCAGCUGCGUUCAUACGAGAUCGGCCGCGUUCCGGAAACCAUGCUCGACGUGACGACGCGCCCGGAAAAAUCCGGAUUUUGUCAUUGAGAGCUCGGGUGAUUCGCGCCCAUUCAGUGCUUUCGAUUCGUUCAGGUGAUCAAAAUUUUUCUGUGUGGAAAAAAUUCUCUCACCACGUGGACUACCCUGUGCCGCUCACAACGCUGGAACAUUUAAAGCCUAUCGUGGCUUCUAUCAACACCCUUAUUGGUAACUGUGAGAAUAUGGAGGCCACUUAUUGCGUCGGCAGCGAUGUAGAUGUGUGCAGGAUGUUCGAUCAGUACUUAUACAAGAGAUCCGAAAACGUUGACUUAUCCCUGAGCAUACCACAGACAAACUUCCAAUCGAACGGCUACGACAUGGGCGACCAGACAUUUCAUACGCCUAGUUUCGGCGACGAAGACUUCGACAUUCCCGCGAUCAACCCCCAGCAGCAACAGCAGCAGCAGCAAGUCAGCACGGAGCAGCAGCAUUACCAGCAGCAGCCGAUGCAAGGCAUGCAGCAGAUGAACCAACAAAUGAACCAACAGCAGGACGGCGGCAUGGGCAUGCACGACCCCACAGGGGGGUACCAGCAGCCGCUGUACUUGUCAGGUCCCGAUCACGGGAUGGUCAAUCCGUCCUACCACAGUCCACAACCCAACUACUCGAUGAGUCCUAGCCAGCAGCAACAGCACAACAAUCAACUACUGAUGAUACAGCAACAGCAGCAGCAUCAGCAAAUGAUGAUGAGUCACGGACAGCCGCCUCCAGGCGCGAUGAAUCAGUACGGGACGUCGCCGCAACACCCCCAAGGGAGGGGGAACAGCCCGCCGGCGCCGCCGGGGCAAGAACCCACCACCAGCGAGGACAGCGACGACAGCACGCCGCAUCCCGCUAUGAUGACGGCGAUGAAGAGGCCGUCGCCCGAACCCGCGGACCAAGCGUUAACGAAAACGCAGAAAAAGCCCAAAGUCCAGAAGAAGAAAAAGAAGCGGGACCCUAACGAGCCCCAAAAACCCGUUUCGGCGUACGCCUUGUUCUUCCGUGAUACGCAAGCAGCCAUCAAGGGACAAAAUCCCAAUGCCAGUUUUGGCGAAGUCUCGAAAAUCGUCGCUUCCAUGUGGGACGCUUUAGAUUCGGAACACAAGAAUGUAUACAAGAAAAAAACCGAGGCGGCCAAAAAAGAAUACCUGAAAGCGCUGGCAGCUUACAGGGCUAGUUUAGUAUCGAAAGGUGCCGGCGAGAACGAAGGCAUGUAUGGAAACUACGGCAACUAUAGUGCCGGUGGCCCGCAAUACGGCGGCUACACCCCCCAAGGAACCAUUCCGUCACCCCCCAUGUCGUCGGCAGGGGCGACGCCCCCCACACAACAGCCCCCCAUAGGUAAAAAACCCAUGAUGACGAAUAUGAACCAGGCCCAGCAACAGCAGCAGCAGCAACAGCACCAAAGCAUGAUGCAGCCUUCAAUGGGCCAAGUCCAUAUGCAGCACAUGCAGCAGCAACAGCACAAUACGUAUAUGCAACAGGUUCCUCAGCAGCAGCACAUGCCCGUGUCGCCCCAGCAGCAGCACGCCGUGUCACCUCACAUGCAACAGCACGUCAGUCCGCCCCCGAUGGUGUCGAGUUCGCCUCCCGUUUCGGCAGCGCCACCUUCAGUACCAACAACGGUAGCUCAACAGAACGUAGCGCAGGGCCAGAUGAGACCACCGAAUUCGUGUAUACGGCACGGGUGCCCCAAUCCGGCCAUCACAAAUUCGGAGUGGGAGGACGAGUAUUGCAGUAACGAAUGUGUGGUUAGCCACUGCCGGGAUGUUUACACAAAUUGGGUAGCCAGCAACAAGAACCAAUCACAAAAUUUCUCGACAGUUAAAUAAAUUGUAGAAUAGGGAUUGUUGCAAGUUUCGAAGCUAAGCAAUACGACAGGAACAGAAUAGAGUAUUAAGUUUGUAAGCGGUUCGUCUGCAGUUCUGGUAAAGUUGUGUUAUAGUGAGAGGAUAGGUUAAGAUGUAAAUAAAAUGAUAAUCAUUUAGAGAGUGAGGUUGUAUUGUGGGAAGCAAUAGGAGCAAUACGAUUUCAUGAUAGGUAUACAAUACAGACCUUGUAAUCCUAGCAUAUACACGUUGUAUAUUUAAUUAUUGAGAAAUUUGUUAAUUCAUGCUCUGUAAAUGCAUGUUCCCUUUGGAAAAUGGUAGUUAGACAUGUCCAAAGUACAUAAGAAAAUAUAUAAGAUGAAUCUAUUUUAGUUCAUAGUUAGGUCUUUGUUGUUACGGAACGUUCCCCGACCCCUGUGAAUAUGUGAGUGGAUGGAUGAGAGGCGUGUUAAGCGCAUCUAACCGUGUUCUCUGUUCCUCGUACUGAAUUCCAUUGAUUAUUUCAAUCGGAUCUUUGAAUCAGUUGGUUUUGUCGAAGAUCUCGAUCUGACCCAUAGUUUGUAGCGACAAUUAUUUUUAUAUCAUUGACCAAUCAAAGUUACGCUUUUUUGUCGAUGUAUAUAAAUUGCAGUUGUUAUUUUAUUGUUAUUGAUGUAAUAAGCAAUUCGGUUGCGUCAACAUCCCUAGUAUUAAAUACGUGGUGAAGGAUGUAUAUUUGUGAAUAUUUUGAACGACUUGUUAAGAUUCGAACUGUUUGAAGCAGUGAUAUUGUUAUACUCCGUUUUUAGUUUCCUUCUCGACUGUUUGAGACAGUUUGAACUGUGAGAACUGUACAUUACGUUUAGGAAAAUACACAUUAUUACGACGUCAUACUUAGUUCUCAUUGUUCCUUCGAUUGUUCGUGGUUUUCGUUCUGGACUGAUAUAAACACGCAACAAUCAGCGAUUCGUUCAUUCGGAUAUCAAAAAUCACGACUACUCCAAUCCUUAUCUCUACAUGAGCUUUAAAAUUAUUAAGUACAAUUUAUGUUUCACUAUUACAUUGUAAAUAUCAUAUUUUAUCCUGACAAGCACACCUAUACUAUGUAAUCAAUUAAUAUUUAAAAUAAAUGAAUAGAUUCUACUCAAAA